UAAUGUCUUCAAAUGGUUAUGUUUAACAAUCUGGUUAACAUAUAACUGGCCUCUUAAAAAAUCUGGAUUGUUGGUGGGAGAGGUUUGAGACAGCUAGUGCUUUGGAAUGACAGCUCCCAUGUGUGAGCACUAGAGGAUAAACAGAAGCAGGUGACCUGGUUUCAAGUCCAUAUGAAGAUGUCUGGUGAAAGAGAAUUAGGUGAAAUAUUCCUGGCGCACAUCACACUGGAAAGGUCUGUCUCCCAUGUGGGUUCACUAAUGGUCAUGGAGACAGAUGAUGACAUCUAAGAAUAUAGAUGGUAUAGAUUUGCAAACAGAUCCUGACCAUCAUCCAACUACACAACUAUGGGAAGAUAUCCCUUAAAGACACUGCUCACAGAAGAUUGGGAAGUGAAACCAUCCUCUGGAAAAUCAAUCGAAUCAGGGGAACUCUGACUAUCACCAGGUCUGCAAUACUAUGGAGCCUUCCAUCAGAACCAGCUUUUCCAAGUGUUUGGCUAUUGGUGAUUGGUUACGAUGAGGCUGGGAAGAGGUAUGAUUGGACUCAAAGUGUGAUGAGAAUUUAAUCAUUCAUUGAGCCUCAUGAACCACUGACUCAUUCCAACAGUUGAGAGGCUGUUCAAAUAUGAGGAGGGGCUGCAUGAGAUCUAUAAUGCUGACUGCAUCUGUUCAGUAGCCACAUGGAAGAGAAACCAUUCAAGUGUGAGGUGUGUGACCAAAUCUUCACAAGAUCAUCAGCCCUUGUGAAACACCAACGGAUUCACACAGGGGAGAAACCUUUCACAUGCAAGGUGUGCAACAAAUCAUUUUCACAGUUAACAAACCUCCACAGACAUCAACGGAUUCACACAGGAGAGAAACCAUUCACAUGUAGGGUGUGCAACAAAUCAUUUUCACAGUUAACAAACCUCCACACACACCAACGUGUUCACACACAGGAGAAGCCGUUCUCUUGUGACAUUUGUAACAAAGCUUUUAAGCGGCCAUCAAACCUCCUGCUCCAUCAGACAACACACACAGGGGAGAAGCCCUUUAAAUGUAAUGUUUGCAAUAAAGCUUUUGCAACAUCUACAAGGCUACUGAAGCAUCAGACUGUUCACACUGGAGAGAAACCCUUCAGGUGUGAGGUGUGUGACCGAGCCUUCACACAGUCAUCGACACUUGUGAAGCACCGACGCACUCACACUGGAGAAAAGCCUUUCAAUUGUGAAAGGUGUGAUAAAUCUUUCACUCAGUUAUCCACCCUCCAGGACCACCAAAACAUUCACACAGGUGAGAAGCCAUUCACAUGUAAGGUGUGCAACAAAUCAUUCUCAUGGUCAACGCAUCUCCGUGUACAUAGACGCAUUCACACGGGGGAGAAACCGUUCUCAUGUCAGGUAUGCGACAAAUCAUUUUCUUGGUCAAAUGCCCUCCUUGAACAUCAGCGCAUUCACACAGGGGAGAAACCGUUUACAUGUGAGGUGUGUAACAAAUCAUUCUCACAGUCAUCAAACCUUCGUGCACACCAUCGCAUUCACACGGGGGAGAAACCAUUUACAUGUGAAAUGUGUGACAAAUCCUUUGCACAGUUAGCAAGUCUCCUGCGACAUCAGACAGUCCACACUGACUAGAGGUGCUUCGGAUGUUAUAUGGGCUCUGCACGACCAUCAGACCUGGUGGAACACCAAAGCAUUUACACGAGUGAGAAAUCAUUGUGCAAGGUGUAUGACUCAGUGAGCUGUGCCCAAAUCAUUGUCACUUUCAAAAAAACCUCUACAGAGCUAACUCAUUCAAAUAGGAGACAGAGUGUGCAAAAAAUCAUUGACAAUAAUUAAAACUCUUGCCCCAUCAGCAGUGUUACUCUUAAAGUAGUGUGAGAUUUGUAUUGAAGUUUUUGUGGUAUCAUCAACCUUCCUGGGACUGUUGGGGAUUCACAAAAAGACACACUUAAUUUGUGAGAUGCAUGACAAAGCUUUCAUACAAUCACCUCAUCUACAACAUAGGACAUGUCUCAGCUGUGAGUCUCUAUUGUCAUACAACAUUCACUGUCUGGGUUUCCACAUGCUGAAUGGCCAUUUCAACAGAGCACUAAAAGUCAAUCAAUGUCCAUAGUUUGUACUCUAGGUCAGUCCUUGAGGACUGGAAGGAAUGUGACAAGGAAAAAGAGGCCAUCAACUACAACAAGUUAUCAUUAUACAGAACCUUUAGUGUUGUAAAAUACCCAAAAGAGUUUCAUAGAGACAUGAUGAGACAACAUGAGGACAGAGAAAGAAAUAUUUGGAAAGGAUGAUAUAAAGCACAGUUAAAGAGAUGGAAUUUAAGAAGCGUGUGAUGUCAAAUGAGAGAGCUAAAGAUGCAGAGAGGUUUAAGGAGAAAAUUCAUGGAGUCUAGGUGGCUGAGGACACAGCAUAUUGAAAAUGGGGAUGUUACAGAGGAGAAAGUAUGUGAUCUUUGUGAUGGAAUGGUUUCUCUAAUUACUGUAUCAACUAAUUAAUCAACUUAAAUACUUCAAUAGAUUAUCUUUUAAUUUUCUACAAUCAAGGAAAUUCAAGCUGAAUGUGUAACUCAUCCUCAAUUUAACCCUUUUAGCAUCAAGAACAUUCUGGUGGAUCAGCCCAUAGACUGCAGUGGUUCAAGAGGCAGUUCACCACCACCCUCUCAAGCACAAUGAGGGGUGGCUAAUAAAUAACAAAAACAGAAGUUGUUAGAAAAGCUCAGCAGGUUUGGCAGUAUUUGUGAAGAGAAAUUCAAAGUUAAUGUUUCAGCUCCACCCCUCCAGCCCUCCUGAGUUUUUCCAGCAACUUCUGCUUUUGUUUCUGAUUUAUAGGAUCCACAGUUCUUUUAGCUUUUAUUUAGUGGCUAAUAAAUGCUGGUCCAGCCAGUGACAUCCACGUCCUAUGAAUGAAUUCCAGAAGUCUGCAGUGCGCUGAGCUGAAUGAUUACUGACCAGUUGUUCUAAUAUUGUUAAAAUCCAUGAAGAAAUGCUCAAUAACUAAGUAUUAUAUUCCAUUCACUAUUUACCUAUCAACAUCAGAUUACUUGGAGCUUCUGAUGAUGAACAUUAGAUCUCAGGGCCUUGUACAGUCACUUUUACUUUUCAUCCUCGACAUGAAUGAUUGCCAGAGUAAGAGUCAUAAUGACCUUGAAGUUAACAUGGAACACAUGGUCUGUCUCAGGAAUAACGGCAGGAACUCAGUUUAAUGAAAUGGUAUGAUAACAAUUUCCUCAAGCUUAAUGAAACCAAGAUAAAAAAACGUGGUUGUAGCCUUUAGGCUAAAGCAAUUUAUAAUAUUGUUGCUAUGAUGAUUCAGGAUGUAUAUUAAAAUAGUUUUUAAAAAAAAUCACAUAACACCAGGUUAUAGCCCAACAGGUUUAUUUGGAAGCACUAGCUUUUG